AUGUUUCUGCUCAUAAAAUCCCCAUCCGUUCAGCCUGUCGCACAUCAGGUGUUUCUUCAUUCUCUGCGUCUGCUUUUCUCAUGGUUUAACAAGUAUAACAAAAAGCUGAUUUAUCCUCCAAACCCCAACCAAAUCACUACCAAGAACAGAUUGUAUCCCACCUACAUUGAGCAUUCAACCGAGCUUGGAACUUUGCUCUUGGGCCACGAGCCCUUGUUGUUGAAUUUUACAUUGCAAGGAGAUCCCGAGUGCAAUAAGGUCACAGGAGCGUUGUUCGACAUUCUUAGUGACAAGAGUAAAUAUCCGCUCGAUGUUUCUAAAUCUGUUAGCCUUGCCAACAUCACAUGUGACUCAAGUGGUGGAAGAGAACUCCAGCAAACAUAUGCCGUGAGUAAAAUUCCCACGGUAGUUUUGUUAAAGAAGCAAAUGUUGGUGGACCGCUUUAUUCCUUCCUCUCCACUGAAAGUCAGCGAAGAAUUGACCGAGUGGAUUAAGUCUAUUUACUAA